UUUAUAUGAAAUGAGUGCUUCAUAACAUUUAAAGUUUAUUUUGUGAUAUUAAUCCUCCAAAACACAGCUGUGGUUUUAUUCAGCUGAAGCCAUGCAUCCAAGUAGAGCAAUCCAGGGCCGAACUCCACAGAAAAUGGUUAUUAACCGAGUCAUUGGGUCGAACGAAGAACAGGAAGAAAUCAAUAAGAUGGCGCAUGGUGUUGUGGACGAUACUUCGAGUGCAGAAGUAUUCUCCAGUUACCAUUGUCUGUCCCUUGAUCAGCCAAAUAUCAAAAACCAUCCUGGAGACAUAGUCGAAGCUGGUUGUCUAGCGGCCCAGAGAUUACCCCCAGCAAAGUAUCCUCUAUUUGAUGCUAUUCCAUCAGAUAUCUUAGAAAUGGGCAAACUUAGUGAUUUACAGCUUGAGGGAGUGCUGUAUGCUUGCCAAAGACACCAGACUGUUCUUGCUAAUGGUCAAAGAGCUGGUUUCUUUAUUGGUGAUGGCGCAGGUGUUGGUAAAGGACGGCAGAUUUCAGGAAUCAUCCUUGAUAACUAUGCUAGAGGAAGGUGCAAGCAUAUUUGGUUCAGUAUCUCCUCAGACUUGAAAGUAGAUGCACAAAGAGAUUUGAAUGACAUUGGUUGUUAUAUUAAAGUCAUCGAGGGAUGUCAACAACUGGAUAAAGAAACAAAAGUAUUUGGUUUGCCUGCUGACUGUAAAGAAGGAGUUGUCUUCAGCACCUAUGCUACACUUGUGUCCUCUGUCCAGAAAGGUAGCACCCGUCAAAGUAGACUUCAACAGCUGAUGGAUUGGUGUGGUGGUGACAAAUUUGAUGGAUGCUUGAUAUUUGACGAGUGUCAUAAAGCCAAGAAUUUUGUCCCAGGUAAAGAAGAAACCAGCACCAAAGUUGCUUUGGCAGUCACAACAAUUCAGAGAAUGCUGCCAAGAGCAAGAGUUGUUUAUUGUAGUGCUACAGGAGUCACUGAUGUCAAAAACAUGGCAUUCAUGGAGAGGCUUGGUCUGUGGGGUGCUGGUACGGCGUUCAAAUCUUUUGAGUCCUUUUUGGAGUCCAUCACAAAACGAGGUCUUGGUGCAGCUGAAAUGCUAGCAAUGGAGAUGAAAGCUUCUGGGAUGUAUGUGUCAAGAGGACUUAGUUUUAGACAAGCAGAGUUUUUCAAUGUUGAAGCAGUUCUUACAGAAGAGCAAAUCAAAGUUUAUGACACUUCAGCUCAUGUAUGGAAUGAAAUAAAAAAGUCACUUGAGUUUGCCAUAGCAAGAACUAAAUCGGCCAACMCACGAGUYUGGUCACAGUUUUGGUCAAGUCAUCARAGAUUCUUUAAGCAGUUAUGUAUGAGCCUCAAGGUUCCUACCAUUGUUAAAGAAGCGAAGGMAGCUUUAGAAGAUGACAAGUGUGUGGUGAUUGGCCUUCAAACAACUGGAGAGGCAAGCCUAGAGACUGAAUUGAAUCGUACAGGUGGCAAAAUYACUAAAUUCAUCUCAAUAACAGAAGAAAUCAUGACCAGGUUCAUCACACAGUACUUCCCAACCAAGAUAGAAACUAAAGAUGGCACUGUUCUGGAAGAUUCCUGGUCAGUGGCUGCAAAGUCUUUACUUCUUGGUUUUGUGAAGAAAAUUGAUUUACCAAUAAGCCCGUUAGAUGACCUCAUUGACCAGUUAGGAGGAUCAAAGUGUGUCAGUGAGAUGACUGGAAGGCGUGGUCGUGUAGUGCGUCGAGGACAGAUGCCUGUCUACGAAGCUCGAGAGUCUGAUAGUUCACAGGUUGACAGUCUAAACAUACAAGAGAGAAAUAGUUUCAUGGACGGAAGUAAGUUGGUAGCCAUCAUCUCAGAUGCCGCAAGUACUGGUAUAUCACUGCAUUCUGACUUACGAGUAGCCAAUCAGAAACGUCGAAUUCAUUUAACUAUGGAAUUACCUUGGAGUGCUGACAAGGCUGUACAACAGCUAGGACGAUCACAUCGGUCCAAUCAGAGCAGCGGUCCGAUCUACAAACUCAUCACGACCAACCUUGGAGGAGAGAGACGAUUUGCUGCUGCUGUUGCCAAGCGACUACAAUCACUAGGUGCACUUACAAAGGGCGACAGACGAGCAGCUACUGGUGCUGACUUAACCGAGUUUAACUUUGAUACAAACUACGGUCGUUCAGCUCUUCGUCGAAUGUACAACGCCAUCAGCUCGUCUACAUURCCAGCCAGUAUUAAGCUCAACCAAGUUCUCGCUAAUGCGCAAGUCAAGACCUCAUAUGACGUCACCAGCUUUAAUGACGUACUUAGGGACUGUAUUCAAGCUAUGGGGAUAAGUGAUGCAGGUAGCAACACCGUCAAAGACAAAGAUGCCACCGAUGUCUCGAGGUUUCUGAAUAGGAUUCUGGGAUUGAGCGUUGAAAAACAAAACAUGUUUUUCUCUUAUUUUGUGGAAUCAUUGAACGCAUUUGUCGAAGCAGCUAAGCGGGAAGGAAAGUUUAAUGAAGGAGUAACUGACAUCACAGGAUCGUCCAUCACAAUGGUCGGUGCACCACAGUCUGUGUUUACUGAAGUACAAAAAUGCAUUAUGCCUACACGCCAUGURGUYCUKAAUGUCGAUCGUGGAGUGGAAUGGCAAGUUGCUCUGGCCCGCUACCAACAAAGCUCCAGAACUGAACUCGACGGCUUUUACUGCUCAAAACGCGAACAGAAACACCAACGUUUUUAUCUGCUCGCCUUACAGAAAGAAUCAUCUACGCACUUAUUUAAUAUCGUAAGGCCCAAUACUGGACAGUCUCCUUUYGAGGAAGAAAAGAAAGAUUUACUUCAUAAAUAUCAAAAAAUCUUACCCGAAGAUGCAGAAUUAGGAUGGACGACCCAAUAUGAGAAAACCAAAGAGCAUUGUUUCCAUGGUCCAAGUUGUAAAUCUGGAUCGCUAUGCAAAGUUGGCUGCCGUAUUUCACAAGUUAGUCUUCUCUGUGGAGGAAUUGUUCCCAUCAURUCAACACUAGAAUGGGCCAUGACGAGAAAUGCAGACAAAGUGGGCAUCACUCGUGAGAACCGAACAUUGCGUGUUGUCCGUGUUGAACUCGAUGAUGGUCAGCGGCUUGUUGGUUUAAGGUAUCCCAAGCAACUUAUACCGGAAGUGACGUCACUUCUAAAAGAACAGCAAUCUAAUGAUGCAAUGUCUCAAAGGAAUGCUGGUACGUCAAUCAAAGAUUCGCUUCUAGUCCACGCGCAGCCAUCAGAAGAGACAGCCACAGAAGUCAACUCAAAAACCCUUAGCAAGGCAACCAAGCCUCCUGUUAACAUCAAGUCGUUUUUCAAACGCAUGRACAAUAAGAAUGAUGUCAYAGUUUCAAAGACCAAUGGCGAGUUAGAUAUUGAUGAUUGUGCAAUCAUCAAAGACAUUUCUGACAAGUCUUCUAAAACGAACGGGUCUCUAUCRUCAUGUAAUUUAAGCGGCGCCAAGAAAACAAAAGCAUCUAAUAGUAUGACCAGUGCAAAAGGGACYACAUCAAAAAGGGGCCGUCCUAAGAAUACUUCCAGCGGCCCUUCGUUAAAACGAACCAUAUCGUCUGAUUCUUCGGGGACUAAGAACAAACGUCAAAAACAAUCAAGUAUAUUUGCCWCACUAGGGAGGACUAGUGAAAAUACUUCCUCUGUAGAGGGGGGUGGUGAUAAUCAAUCCAUGACUUGCCCAAUAUGYGGUAAAUCAUUUGAGGAUGGGACAAGCAAURCUGAAGUCAACAGCCAYGUCGACAAUUGUCUGAUUGAAUAACAAGGAGAAGACGUGAAUUAAAAGAAAUAUGUCAGUGAGGUUGAGUUUAUUAAUGAAUAAAUAAUAUAGGAAUGAACAAAUUGAAUUCAUCGAACUAGAUGAUUAUUUAAUUACCAAAUAUUUUAUAAAUUAUUAAAUGAACAACUUCUUGAUGAAUAAAAUGUUUAAAAGAUUGAUUAUUAGAACUGAAACACUGUUGUACACAUAAUGUUAUGCCUUCCCGUGCUACCUUUCGGCCUUAGCUUUGAUGACGUAACCUUUGAACCCGACAACGUUUCAAGUAGGUGUAUAUUGAGUUAAGAUUAUAAGAAAGCACUGAAAUACCAUAGCAUACAACGAGACUUUUCCGUCUUUAUAACGAAGUCUUUAAAAUACAGGGAUAGUUCAACUCAAGGAAAAUAGUGUUUGUACUUCCAUUUUUAUAUCACUAUUUGCGUAUGAAGAUUGCUCAGAUAUUUUCAUGCUUUCUUCCUUAGUGCAUAUGUACCACCUCCAGAGUAUUCACCAAUGUUUGGGCUAGUUUUGUUCGAUAUGCUUCACUUUGUUUCUGACGUCUAUGUUUUUGAGAUGACGUGUGAGAGGUAUUUUAGGGUUACCCUUAGGGGCUCCUAUUUUCCUGGUCGCAUAUUGG